AUGGCUGCAAAUCAACUUAUUUCCCUUUUAGUUCUAGUCAUUACGCUUUUAUUACAAGGUGGUAACACCAACGUCGUCGAAGCACAACUCACUACAAAUUUCUACUCAACCUCUUGCCCUAAUCUUCUCGCCACCGUUAAAUCAGGCGUUAAAUCCGCUGUUAGCAGCCAGCCUCGAAUGGGUGCAUCUAUCCUCCGUCUCUUCUUCCACGAUUGCUUCGUCAACGGAUGCGAUGGUUCUAUACUACUAGAUGAUACAUCAAGCUUUACUGGAGAACAAAACGCGAACCCUAACCGCAAUUCUGCUAGGGGGUUUAAUGUGAUCGAUAACAUCAAAACAGCGGUUGAAAAAGCAUGUCCCGGGGUUGUGUCUUGUGCUGAUAUCUUAGCCAUUGCAGCUAGAGACUCCGUCGUACAACUUGGAGGGCCGAAUUGGAAUGUGAAAGUAGGAAGAAGAGAUGCAAAAACAGCUAGUCAAGCCGCGGCAAAUAGUAACAUUCCGGCACCGAGUAUGAGUCUGAGCCAGCUUAUUAGGAGUUUCAGUGCCGUUGGACUCUCCACGAGAGAUAUGGUUGCUCUCUCCGGCGCGCACACUAUUGGUCAAUCGCGUUGCACGAACUUCCGAACAAGAGUCUACAACGAGACAAACAUCAACGCCGCCUUCGCCACCUUACGUCAGAGAUCUUGCCCUAGAACCGCCGGUUCAGGCGACGGGAACCUAGCUCCACUUGACAUCAACUCAGCGACUUCUUUCGACAACAGCUACUUCAAGAACCUCAUGGCUCAGAGAGGUCUACUCCAUUCAGACCAGGAGCUCUUCAACGGGGGCUCCACGGACUCCAUAGUCCGUGGUUACAGCAAUAGUCCGUCGAGCUUUAACUCCGACUUCGCAGCGGCGAUGAUCAAGAUGGGUGAUAUUAGCCCCUUGACUGGUAGUAGCGGUGAGAUAAGGAAGGUUUGUGGGAGAACCAACUGA